AGUUAAGUUAUUGGUUUGACAUAAUUCUGUGAACGUUUUUAAAUGUAGUGCCAUAUUUGAUGCCCACGGUCACGCCUACGCGACGGCCUUGUGUUGCAAAUUGGACAAUAAGAAUUUUACUAGUGAAUACUUAGUAAUAACCACAAUCGAAGUCUCAAGCGCCCUUUUCAACUUGAAGUGUAAAGCCAAAACGAGUACCACCAUACUGCCUAUCCCGAGAAAUUAACGCGCGAAUCCAACUCAGGCUCAGUGGACAUCUUUGAAGUUCAAAUGUCAAAAUGCACGUCCUCGUCUGCGGCGAUGGCCCGACCGAGUAUAAAAACCGCUGCGCGCAUCUUCGUAGCAUCAGUCAAUCGUUCACUGUCCUCAAACAACAGUCUUAGGACAAAACAAACAAUCAAUCAAAAUGAAAUCGUUCUUCGUUGUCGCUCUCUUCGUCGCCGUAGCUGUCGCUGCCCCAGUCGGCCCUGAUGCCGACGCUGUCGUCAUCAGACAAGACAACGACAACAUUGGUGUCGAAGGAUACAACACCGGCUAUGAAACCUCCAACGGAAUCAAGGCUCAGGAAACCGGUCAACUGAAGAACAUUGGCACUGAAAACGAAGCUCUUGAGGUCCGCGGAGAAUUUGCGUACAUCGGCCCUGACGGUGUUACUUACGCUGUGACCUACGUCGCUAACGAGGGUGGAUUCCAGCCUUCGGCACCUCACAUUCCCAAGGCUUAAGUCAACCGAACAGGCCCCAGCAUCUAGUCCAAAAAUACUCAUUCAUUUGAAAAGUUUUCGUUUGUUAUUAGAAUCCAAGCGAUCUGUGAUACGAUCCUGAUGAUAUAAUACAUACGUUUAAGUAA